GCGUAGAUCGCGCUUUAUUUAAGCCGCGCCGCCCUUUUUUGUUUUAUGGGCGGGCGCUCUGUUUUUGCUCUGCGCAGCGCACGUUAUUCAGACGCACGCCACGGAAUUUAGCCGCUUAAGCACUGCUCUCUCUGCGUUUAAAAGAUAGGAUGCAAAUCUCUCCACUCCCAACCAUCUCCUAGCAAAAGGUUUUGCAAUAGACAUCCUCCAUCUCAAAUCAAGAUGAGGAACAAGGUCGUGCCGGCACGCGCCUUAUAUCGAUUAGUAUCGCAAGGACAGCAACAGCAACAACAACAAUCUGCCACUGCUGCUGCUUCCUCUAGUUCGACUUCGACAUCAACAUCGUAUUCUUCAGCAAGGUUACCUUCUUCGCGGAUCAGUUCUUCGCUCGCUUCUAAUGCUAGACUUUCAAGAGCCGCAACCGUAGCUGCACGAAGGAGGCAAGAGGCAAGCCUUUCAGCUUCCGGAUCAGCAUCAGCAGGUGGCAGUACAGUCUCGGCAGGUUCGUCUGGUACCUCUUCUUCUUCUUCCUCUUUCUCACGUAGAAGGAGAUCGAGUACUUCCAAUGCACAACAGAAGAAACAGGAUUACGACGUUCCAAUGAUCGUCGUAAAUCCAACUGUACAACAUCUUUGGUCGCAAUUAUCAAGUGCAAGCACGAACGAUAUGCAGAAAUCGCCCUUUCGCUUCGAAACAAUUCAGCCACAACAAACGUCUUUGAAAAACGUCGCUUUACAAAAGUUCUUUGCCAAUCAACGCCCUCUGCUAGAACAUCAAGUCUCAUCACCUUCUGCAGCAGAUGGAAUGGCACAAUUGUUCGAUCAAGAGGGUAAAGAAGAAGGAGAGAGAUUGAAAUCUAUCUCGGCAGCGUUGAUGCAAACGUUACACGAGUCAGGGCAUAUCUCCGAAUCGGACAUGGAAGGCGCCACUGUGGUGAUCUCUGCUGCACCAGAUAUGCAAACCGAUUACCCGCGAAGGAUUGUGGAUAUUGAGCAAGAGCGAUUUGCCUCUUUGUUGGAUCGGCUAGCAAACGCAAAGAGCAGUGCAAAGGGUGGCGAACGUGUUAGAAAAGAAGCAAAGGAGCUCCAAAGUGAGCAAAGUAGACGGAAAGAUGUAGAAGAGGCAGUGAGCAGUGCCAUCGAGCGUGGUGAGAACCCUGCAACAGCAAAGGCUCUAGGAUCAGAAGCUGAUUUGGUCAUUUUGGGAGAACCUGAAGGUCCAAAUCCAUCCUGGGCAAGAGGAACGGCUACAUAUUUGGCACAAUCUACACGAGCAUUUGAACCACCAUCGCUACCUUCUUUUGGUAAACCUGGAAAGUCUGCUGUGGCAAAGAAAGGUGAAGAGCUUAAAUUGAAAAGCAAAGAUUUGUCUGCUAAUAUCAAGAUUAUCGAUGAACGUGAAGAUGAUCCGAAUUUGCUCUUGAGCCAUGCUAUGGUACAAGCAACACUUCCACCGGCACUUUCUUGGAAUCGUUUGGUAGCAAAGAUGGACGCUGCAACAUUGAAAGAAGGUGGUUCGUUAUCAUUCGUUGAUGUGAAUUCACUGGAUGCUGAAUUGUUACCCAUCAUGGAGAAACAAAGCUCGGAACAUCAAGUAGUAGAGAUGGACAGUACCAAACGUAAGAGAAAGAAGAAGAUGCGUAAACAUAAAUACCGUAAAUUACGCAAAGCUACCCGAAUCGAACGUUCAAGAUUGAAGAAGUAAAUCUUGCAAUCAUACCAAUUAUCAAUUGUAGAUACUAUAAGAA